UCCCACUGCUCUGUCUGUCCUCAGGUUGGAUGUUGAUGGUGUAUGGAGCCUCCUCCCGUCUCUGUCCCACAGUCACGUGACUUCCAGACGUCUGGGUUUGAUCAGUCCCACCAAAUCAGACGUCCUGCUCCUACUGGAGUAUAAAUAUGACAUCAUCAGAGAGCGACUGUACAGAGAGAUGCUGCAGGAGGAGCACGGUGUUGGAUGCUGGGAGUUGAUGGAACCCUCGGAGCAGACAGAUUGUGUGUGUGAUUUGGAACAGAGAGCAGAAGAAGCUCUGAACCUGAGUGAUGCGUUGUGUGUGUGUGAGCUACCUGGAGUUCUGCACUGCUACAGGAGAGCUGACCAGGUGAAGGUGAGGGAGCAGGCCUGGACGUCUGCCAUCUUCCUCUCUGAGCUCCGCUCCCACUGUGACGAGGAGAGACGAUCUCUCACUCAGCUGCUCAACAGAGUGGAGCGAUUCGUCCUGACUGAGAUUUAUCUGAGUGUGUGUGUUUCUGUGAGGAGAGCUGAGAGAGAAACACACUCACACACAGCACUGCUGACCUCCAGACAACACUGGGACAACUGGCCGUGUCUGAGGCGUUUGGAUGUUGAGGAUUUAGUGAAGUUCUGGCUGCAGGAAAAACAAGAUCCAGUUACACAGCUCAGAAACGAGUUCAGAACAUCACGCUGUGUACAACAGGCCGUGCUGCAGUGUGUGGUCCAGUGUCAGGAGCAGGAAAGGAGAAUGCUUGUGGAGAUCCUACACACUGUCUCACAGGAGGAGCUGCAGGAGCUCAGACACACACUGACUCCUGACUCCAACACUGCAGGGACAACAGGCUGGACUCUGAGACAAGGUUGUGUUUCUGUCCUGAAGCAGAUUAAAUCCUCUCUACAGAGCAGCUCCACACACUCGACUGCGUUAUGGGAUGACUGCACUGUUUAUUUACUCGCUCAGCUCACACACACACACGACCAGGAGAUCCAGACUGUAAUACACACACUUCCAGUCAUGGAUGCUGCAGCCCUCCUGGUUCUGCUGCAGAAAUACGAACUCGAGCUGUGUUCACCGAAACUACACAACCUACACAUCUUACUACAGACAUCCAGCAGUGAGACCACACAGAGUAACAUCCCUGUAACUAAUGGACCAGGUCGAAGCUCUCCAGCGGUCAGUGAGGAACAAGAAAUCUGCACAGGUUGUGGGGUUGUCCUAAUCCCUGAGGACACGCCGUAUUUAGAGAUCCUUGGGGUUGGAGAGAAGAGAGAGGAGGAGAGGAGAGAAGGAAGAGAGGGAGAGAAGGAGGAAAGGAGAAAUAGAAGAGAACAAGAAGAGGAGAGAGAAAGAAGAGAGGAAGAAGAGGAGGAGAGGACAGAAGGAAGAGAGGGAGAGGUGGAGAGAGAAAGAAGAGAGGAAGAAGAGGAGGAGAUGCGAGAAGAGAGAGAAAGAAAAGUGGGAGAGAAAGAAAAGAGGAGAGAACAAAGAGAGAUUGAAGAGGAGGAAAGGAGAGAAGGAAGAGAGGGAGAAGAGGAGUGGAAAGUGGAUGCUGUAGAAAAACAGGCGUCGCUCAUCACACUGGCCUGGAGCAAACCAGCGAAUAACAAUACACAGGAAGUGACCUCAGCUCUACCUGAAGCACCGACGACAGACGUGACGUCUACAGAAUCACACACUCCGGAUCAUACACACUCCGCGUCAUCCCUGUGUGAACACACAGCGACUGCACACACACACACACUCGUGGAGCCGAUACAGGAGCCGAACUCGUCCAGCACGGACGUUCAGAAUGACAUCAGCAGUGAUGAACACAGAACAUCAUCAGCAGCAGCAGCAGCAGUUGUGCAGGUCGACUCAGAGAGCACACCGGCCUCGGGCGAGACACACACACAGGACGCAGUGUGUGACGCAGUGUGUGAGGAACAGCAGCUCCAGCGAGAAGCCACCAUGCGCAGCCUCGUCCACAUCCAGAGAAGAGCAGAGCAACGCUGGCAACGAGACCGAGACCGACAAAUCCUUAGAGUUCAGGAGCGACUGUCAAUCAUUCAGAACAGGAAGUCAGACGAGGACCUGCUGGGGCUGAGGCGCGAGGAAACGUUCAGACACCUGACCAACACACUUCAGCAGGAAGAUGAGCAGCAGCAGAAGAUGAUGGUCAGAGUGAAACUGCAGCAGAUGUGGAGAGAACGUUCUUAUGUCCUACAGUCGAGAAGAGAGAGGAACACGACCGAAUUUAAGGAACUUCUCACACCUACAGCUCAGUGUGUGUCUAACGCAGAAGAUGUGCUCGACUCACACACAUGCGGAACAUUCCCUGAGAGUCUGUGAUGUUUAUGGACAGGUUUAAAAGUUUUUAAUCAAUAGAUUUUAAAAAUACAGAAAAAGAACUGAAAUUCACAACACACACACACACACUUUAGCCUUAUGUUUAUUGGCCCUACUGUAAAUGCAGUUCGACAUACAGACACCAGAGGGCACUAAACAUUACACACUGCAGAUUUAAAUUUAAAGGAGCGAUCAGUGAUUUUUUUCAGUGUCAUUUUUCCAUUUGGUUUCUGUUGCAAAUCAGAUUAUAAAUCAAAGAAAGAUGAGGAGAUCAUCAACAUCCAGCCAAUCAGAACAAAGGGGCAUGUCUACAUACUUGUCAGUAAUAUUGUGUAAAGGUGUUCAAGCCUUGACUCUGUGUGUGUGUUGUGGCUGAAUUUCAUGAUCUAUGUUAGUAAAAUUGCUGAUUUUGCUCCUUUUGCUGAUUGUCCUUUUAAUGCUAAAGCUGUUAAUGUUGGUGUAGUUUCAAACAUUUAAAAAAAAAAAUCCCUUUAAACAGUAAACGACAGACAAGUGUGUAUUAGACACGUAAAUGUUUUAUUGAACCUUUUGACAACGUCCUUGUCUUCAUUUUGACACUGUUUCAGAAGUGUGUGUAUGUGUGUUUAACUUAAAUCCUAUACCCAAUUGCUUUUCAAGUUUAAAUAUUCAGUGAUGUAUACAGUAUAUAAAAGUUUACAAUGUGGGUAAUGUUGGUGGUAAUGAAUUAAAAACAACCCAUUCUGUAUA